AUGAAACCAUCAGAUAAAUUACAUAUAACGCUAAUUUACGUACCAAAAAGAAACAAGAAAAAAGAUUUGAACGUUUAUGUGACCACAACCUGGAAAGGAUCUCUCCAAGAGCAGACUCCUGGUAAUACUUCAUCUUCCUCAGUUACUCCAUAUACAGUUGCUCCUUAUCAUCCGAUACCGGACAUGUUUAUUCCUCACAAAUAUCGAGAUAUUAUACCUCCUGAUCCUAUAUGGUUCGUUUAUUGUCCCUGGAUACCGUGA